CUGCACACAUCAUUCUCUCUCUCUCUCUCUCUCUCCCUCUGUCUCUCUAGCUAGUUUUUGUGUACACUAAGCAUCUCAGCUUAAGCUUGUUAAAGAUUUAUUAAUUAAUAAACGCGGAAAUGGCAGAUGUGUUGAGUGAAGAACAGACUUUGGAGUUUCAAGAAGCUUUUUGCUUAUUUGACAAAGAUGGAGAUGGUUGCAUUACAAUCGAAGAGCUUGCGACGGUAAUCCGAUCAAUGGAUCAAAAUCCAACAGAGGAAGAGCUGCAAGAAAUGAUGAGAGAAGUAGAUGUUAACGGGAAUGGAACCAUUGAAUUCGUAGAGUUCUUAAAUAUCAUGGCAAGAAAAAUGAAGGAAGCUGAUGCUGAGGAUGAGCUGAAAGAAGCCUUCAAAGUAUUUGAUAAAGAUCAAAAUGGAUAUAUUUCUGCUAAUGAGCUAAGGCAUGUCAUGAUCAAUCUUGGAGAAAAACUAACGGAUGAAGAACUGGAACAAAUGAUUAAGGAAGCUGAUUUGGAUGGUGAUGGUCAAGUCAAUUAUGAUGAAUUUGCAAGAAUGAUGAUGGCCGUUUGAUUAAACAUUUGGUCAAACUAUAUAUUAAUGUCUGAUUAAAGAAAAUAUUAUAUCACCAUAUUUUUGUUUGAACAUUUCUUAUUUUUGUAUGAAUUUUCUUCUUAGCUUCUUUCUA